AUGGGCGUCUGCUCGUUGAUCAGCCCAGAUCUCGGGGUGAGACAGGCCUGUGAAGUUUCUGACCUGGCCGUUCAUAUCGUCUAUCAGCAUUGUCGACACUAUAUAAGGAAUGUCAGUUUGCAUUCCUUGUCAGCGAUCAAAGUCAAUUUUGAAAAAGCCAUUCAUGCCAUUUUGGUUUACAGCCAAAAUGUAGAAGAAGUUUUGAAACGGAGAAAAGUCUAUCGAGAAAUAAUUUUUAAGUAUUUGGCAGCACAAGGAAUUCCAGUGCCUCCUUCCUCUGAGAAACACCUACUCAUUGAUCGUGUAAAGCAGUACUGGAGUGGGCAGCUCACAACACGUUCCUCAGAGUCAGGGGAGAGAAAACCACACGCAAAGAGUCAUGGAGAGAGACAAAAGUCACCACAAGAUGACAUUCAUGAUCUAGGAGGAGAGUUCUGUCAAUGGUUCUUUGAACUCCUGAAUUCUCAACAUCCCUUGGGACUAAAAUCUGAAGAAAGAUGGGGACCACAGCAUUUUUGGGAGGAUGCCAGGAUGAAGUUCUGUUACAACACAUUCGAAAAAAACAUGGAAGAAUAUGUUGGUGCAGAAAUGGUGAGCCUUCGUCUGCUCUCGUUGGUUAAAGAAGAGUAUCUUCUAUUCAACCCUAAUCUGCACGGCAGUGGACUGAAAUGUGCCAUGUCUCAACAUGGGUUAGUACUGGUAGCAGUGGCUGGCACGGUACAUAGAGACAACACUUGUUUGGGCAUCUUUGAACAAAUUUUUGGACUCAUUAGCUGUCCCGUUAGGGAGAAUACCUGGAAAAUAAAAGCUGUGAAUCUUAAAAUAGUUGGACAGAAUGCCCUGGAGCCUGGGAUGCAAAUUGAGAAACCCUCCAUAAAAUACGAGCCAAACCAACUUCAAGAGUUGUAUGAUGGGAAAGAACUGACUGUGUUUGAACCUCAGAAAUUCUGAGCAAUUCUUUCACAACUGUGUGACUGGGCGAGGGGGGGAACACGCAGCACUUGUAAUGCAUAGCUGAAUAUUGAAAUGGUUGCAGCCAUGUGAUGUUGUCCCUUUUUUGAGUCAGAUUUGCUGGAUGACAAACUGAGAUACAGUCUAAAGUGUUAAUACACGUGAUGCUUUUGGGCACCUUUCUAAGAGCU